UCUGCUUCGAGUGGGAGAUAGUAGCCGAAGGUAGCCGGGGAGGGAGAUGUACGCUGGAGCGGCGGAGAUGCAAAACUUCCGGCCUAUGGACGGCGAGCUCCGGCGAUGGUUUCCCGGUGAUGUCGGCGGCUAUGACUCUACUAUGUGCAACCUGAUCUAUUCUGCUCCUCCAUCUGAAUAUGAUGUGGGAGAUCUAUUCAAUGCACCAGAGCCCAUCAUAGAAGAGCCUAUACUUGAAUUAGAUCCUGUUACAGCUGCAAUCUGUAUGAUGUCAAAUUGUGAAGAUGUUAUUUCUGCUGAGGCAAUGAAGGUUGAAGACAUAGAGUCUAUUCGAAAUGAGCAUCUCUUCAGUGAAGUUUUCUAUGACUGCAAAAAGGAGCUCCUGGAGAAAUCAGCUAUCAAAGAUUCUUUUCCUGAGCCGCCAAAUUAUAAGUUACCUGCAGUGCAUGUAGAAGAUGAUCCUGGCAUAGAGAUGGAUAGUUCAGUUUCUGGAGGGCAAUUGCAGAAAAGUGUUAGUUCUGGAUGCUUGAAAUUAACUGAGUGGACUCAGGACAGCCCUGUGAAGCUAAAGUUAGAUGGAUUACAUGAAGUGAAUCUUGAAGAUGCAUAUGGGAUAAGGAGGACAUACAGUGAGGGAGAUAUUCAUACUCUUAGAAAUUGUAGAUCAAGCCUUGGAGACAAAGCCACUGUUCAUUCCUCUUUUGAACAACUUGAACUUCGUGACUUGAAGAUUGAAGAAAAAUUGAUUGAAAAUCGGAAGGAAAAGAUUGACAGAUACAUGAGGAAGAAGACCAGGAGAAAUUUUGGCAGAAAAAUCAAGUAUGCAUGCAGAAAAGCGUUAGCUGACAGCCAGCCUCGUGUGCGGGGCAGGUUUGCGAAGAGCGAGGUUUGCGAGGCAUCAGCAAAGCUUCCAGCUCACGCAGAUUUAUAAUCAGGGAAUGGGGGCCUUGAUGGACGGUCCAAAAUCUGUUUGGAAAAUUAGGUAAAUGACCAUUUCGCCACUGCCUUUGCUUUCAGCUAUAGUUUAAAAAUAAGGGCAAAAUGAUCAUUAUGUUAAAUUUGAGUGAAAUGCCCAAACAGUCUCUUAGCUGUUUACAUAAGUUCAUUUCAGUCCCAGAAUCUAUAAGUCCCAGAAUCUAUAAGUGUUAAUUUAGUUCCCAUAUUUUUUUUUUAAUUUUGGGUUGGAAUGGUUAUCGGUCGGAACCACUUCAGCUCAUAUUAAAAGUGUUUAGGGACUAAAUUAACAAAUUUUGAUUAAAAUGACCACCUGUAAAAAGCCAGGAGGCUAGUUUGACAUUUUUGCUCGUUAAAUUUAUAACAGAUUUGGAAUUACAUCACCGUACUAUUAGUAGUAGCCAGUUAUUUGUAUUUCUAAUAUCUUUGCUUGGGUAAAGAGUAUGAAGUCAUUUGUCUGUAGGUCUGGAGUGAAGCUGGGUCAAUGUAAAUAUGUUAUUUAAUUUUUAUGAGUAAAGUAAUAAGGUGCUUUGAUCUAAAUU